AUGCUUGACGUCAAGGAGCUCUUCCACCCAAAGCGGCAGCACCAGCUCCGCGCUGAGCCAGAUGAGGCCAUUGUGGAGACGCUUGCGCCGCUGCCGCUCAGCUGGCGCCGCUUUCCGGACCCCGCCAAAGCAGCGAAGGUGCAAAGCGCGUGCGACGCCACGGUGCGGAAGCUGGGGCGCUGCGCCAGCUCGCUGCAGCUCUGCAGCCGCGAGGCCCGGAGCUCCCGGCAGCUGCUGCGGCAGCUGCGGCGCCAGCUGGAGGCGCACACGGCCUGCAGCCACGCCGUGCGGCAGCUCCUUAGCGCCGUGGCGCUCGGCGGCGCCGCCGGAAGCGCCUCACGCGGCUGCGUGGGGCGGGCGCGGUGCUUCUUCUGCCGCGAGCUGCGGGGCUUGGAGGAGCGGUCCUUUGUGGGGAGUCCAGAGGAUCACUCCUCGGCGUUGGCGGACGUGAGCACCACCUCCUCCCGGAGCGAGGAGGAGGUGGUGCGUCGCCUGGUGCGGCGGCGGAAGACCUCGCGGCAGCGGGGCCGGGCCUUGUACAAGCGCCGCCAGCCGCUCUCCGCGCGGGCGGCGCUGGAAACCACGCGGUUCUGGGUCCGAAAGGAUGCAAUCUUUUAG